GUUUUUUCGAGGCGACAGGUCAACAUGCAGCGCAAAGGGUCGAUGCGGCCGCCACCGCGCACGAUCCGAGGCAGCGUCGACGAAAAGGCGCCGACUCUCGAGGCGAGUGACAAGAAGCCACGUAAAGUGCGUGACGAAACCAUCGUCAUCCACGUGUGCGACGAAUUUCGCAAGGUCAACCGGGACUUUACGUGCAACAAGGCGCUGCUGCUGGAGAAUAUGCGGUACUUUAGCGCCUAUCUGAGUGACGCGGGCUCGAACGAGGACAUUGACAUCUCGGUGCACUGCGACGUCGGCAUCUUUGAGUGGCUCUACAACUACGUGCACGCGGCCAACGGCGUCGGCACGUCGCCACUCACCAAGCUCGGUGUCGAGAACGUGACGCCGAUUUUGAUCUCCUCCGACUUUUUGCAAAUGGACUAUCUUGUCAACGAGUGCACGUCGUUCAUUGGCACCCAUCUCGAGUCGGUCGUCGACAUGCCGGGCGACCUCCUCUGCGUCUCGGAAGCCAUUUUGGACGCGAUCGCGCUCAAGUGCUCCCUCGAACAGCUCGAUAUGAUUGAGCCGCGAAAAGAAAAGCUCUGCUACAAGCUCUACACCAAGCGCAUCGGCCAUUUACUCGGGCAUCUCAAGCAGCUCGAGACGAGUCUGAACCAAUGCGCGGCGUGCGGCGUCAUUUACUAUAGCGGUCACAUCAGCGUCUUGCACUGCCGCGACGCAAUUCCGACAAUCGGCGCAUUCGGCCAAGUGCUGUCUCGCCACGCGCCACGCGGGGAUUGGAAGGUCGAUCCAUGGCUCAAGGCGCUCGCUGCAUCGCCCAAGACGACCUACUGGAAGCUAUGGGGUGCGCUCCAGUGCUUUUACUGUGUCGAGUGCCACACCUUCUUCACGGGCUCGGAAUUCAAAGAGUGUGUGCACCACCCGCCGUCGCCGCCACCAGCGAGUACAUCGGUGUCGUCAGGCCUCGAAGCCUCGACGCACCACGCGUGCUGUGGCGCCCCCAGGUUUGCCGCCGACGCCCGCGCGACCCGUGGCUGUACAUAUAGAGACCACGUGCUCGGUCGUCCGUACCAGGUGCGCGAGUUUUACGCGCCAGAAAGCAAUUUGAGCCGCCUGCACGAGCUCGCGGUGACGCAUGGCGACCUCAUUGCGCGCGACAAGCCGAGUGUGCCGCCGGUUUCAACAGCACUUUCUGCUGGUACUCCUGCUGGUGUCGCCGUGCACGACAUGCUGCGCCCAAGUGUCGUUGCGCGCAAGACCACGCUGGCCAAUGUUGAGGUACCAAGCGACCUCAUCAAGAGCCUCAAGUCCAACAGCGCCGAUCUCUCGACUCCGCAGACGCGCAAGCAGUGGAAGAUUGACCUAUUGCAAGAGAAGGACCGCAUCCGUGUGCAGCUUCUCUCGUCAACGUUGACCAAGAUGCGCACCGAGUACCGCGCAGCCUUUCGGUGA